UUGUUGCUGUAAUUUAAGGGAAAAUGUACUGAAUGACACAAGAGCUUCCAUGGGUUUGGCAAUAGCAAUCAUCUUCUCAUCACAGACGAUAGUUGGAAUCCUGGGAAACUGCUCUCUUCUUUUCCAUUAUCUCUUCCAUUACCACACUGAAGGGAGGUUGAGACCUACAGAUUUGAUUCUCAAGCAACUGAUUAUAGCCAACUCCCUAUCGAUGCUCUCAAAAGGAGUCCCCCAUACACUGACUGCUUUUGGGCUGGAAUAUUUCUUCCAUAAUUUGGGAUGCAGACUUCUUUUGUAUGUUCAGAGAGUGGGCAGGGGGGUGUCCAUUAGCAGCGUCUGCCUCUUGAGUGUCUUCCAGACCAUCAUGAUCAGCCCCAUGAACUCCUGGUGGAAGGAUCUUAAAGUCAAAGCUCCAAAGUAUGUUGGUUUCUCCAUUACCCUCUGCUGGAUCACACACAUCAUGGUAAAUUUUAUCAUUCCUGUUUAUGGGUUGUAUGUGUCUGAGAAACACAGCAGCAAAAACAUAACAAAGAAAAGGGAUUAUGGAUACUGUUCUACUUCUGAUCCUGAGGCAAUCACAGGGUUACUUUUUGUAGUACUGAUAAUAUUCCCUGAAGUUUCACUUUCUGGGCUGAUGAUCUGGGCCAGCGGCUCCAUGGUCUUCAUCCUGAACAGACACAAGCAGCGCAUCCAACACAUUCACAGCACUAACGUUUCCCCCAGAUCCUCUGCUGAGUCCAGAGCCAUCCAGAGCACCCUUGUCCUGGUGAGCACCUUUGUGUCUUUUUACUUCCUCUCCUCCAUCUUUCAUGUUGGCAUUGCUCUGAUUUAUAAUCCCACUCGGUGGUUAGUAAACACCUCUGCCCUAACUUCUAUGUGUUUUCCAACUUUCAGUCCCUUUCUGAUCAUGACACGAGACUCCACAGUACCCAGGCUCUGCUUUCCUCGCAGAAGAAACACAAAAUCUCCUAAUCUUACCAAAAAAUCCAACAAAAACCUGAGACUCUUCCCAGGACAACUUGACCCACCAAUUCUCACUGGUGUGGCCAAAGACAAGAAGGAAGUAUCUGUGGUCUCAGCCCCUAAAGGCUGCUGGCUGAAUCUUUGCACUUCAAAUCCUGUCCAUACUGGAGAAAGCAGCCAGGGUGAGCACCUCAAGCAGUAG